AUGUCAUUCUCCCGUGCGUGUUAUGCAGAUAAAACAAAGAAGUUUUGGUAUGACAGCCCUACCCUGGGAUCUAAAAUGAUGUAUAAACCGACCGAGUUGGCCUCUGUAAUGCGGGAUGACCAAACAAAAAUUAGGAAAGAAGAUAACAUACGCUGUAGAGUCUUGAACGGUCUUAUUCAUAAAGCUCUGGUAGACAUGAUAGCCACCUGUGAAGUUAAUCAAGAACUUUAUGAUCUCAAGCUGGAAAUCUGCAAGGUGUCCCUGGCAUCGAACUUCUCAGCGUGUCGUGUGUACUGGAAUCCUGCUGCUACUAUGGAGAAAGAAAGUUAUGUUGAAAGUGUCCUGCGGAAGAGUGCUCCACGUAUACGGUAUCUUCUGAUGAGUCAGCAGAUUCUAGGAAAUGUGCCCCCAAUAGUAUUUAUAAAAGACAAAGAAGCUGCAGCUGUAAAAGAGAUUGAGGAAUUAUUGUCAAUUGCUGAUUUUGGACCCCCAGAAGAAGAAGAAACAUUAUCUCAAAAUUAUUCUAGUAAACUGUUCUCUUCAGCAACUCAAUCUGCAGAUUUACCCGUGCCAUCUAAUCUUUUUGGUAUUGAUCAUGAACUGCUGAAUAAACAGAUAAUGGACUACAAAAGACUGAAAGUGUCAAGAGAUCUAGAAAGCAUUGCCUGGACAGAAGAGCAGGAGCAGCAGCUUUCUAAGAUGAAAAAGAAAAUGAAAAAGAAAAAACCAAGGAAUCCUCCUGAUGAUGAUGUUACACCACAGGAAUAUUUACUGGACAGAUACGAAGCUGAUUACUGGGAUGAUAACACUGAAUCAGUCUUGGACUAUGAGCUGGAGGAUGAAUUACAGGAAGAGGUAAACGAAUGGGAGGCGCAUGAUGGCAAAACUGUAAGUCAGCCUACUGAUAAACUGAAAUGA